UCGGCUCCGCUAUCUGUGCUCUGGGAUGAUUCGACAUUACAGCUUGACCUGAGUGCAGAGAAUGAGCAGCUGCACCCGAUGACACUCACUGACCCAGUAUCCUGUUUACAUCGAGACCCCGAUUCAGAGACUGUUCAUGUGUCUGUGUGCCUCUCUGUCUCCCUCUUGGCUGCUGGCCUGAUAGACAUCAGUACUUCUCGGAAAAAUAUCACCGGUUUAUGGAAAAUGUUCAGUCGUCCUACAGAGCCUGCUCUGGCUAUAGGCAUGCGCCGAGUGUUACUGUUAGACCUGAAUGCCUCUUCGUUGCUACCGAUUUCAGACCGAAAUAACCAUUUUUCUAUCGACAUGACACUUCUCGAGCCGACAUUUGGCCGAUCCUAA